AUGUUUUGGCUCGUUUGCCAUUAUCCUAUGACGGUUCUUUCAAUAAUUUGCCAAGUGGAGAAGCCUUUAAGCGACCUUUCGACGACAACCUUUUUGAGAACCGAGGAGAAGCUACAAUCCCCAAUAUCAUAUAGCCACCAAUGUUGGUCAACCUUCCCCAAUUGCAUCUUAGCUAAGGAUGAAAUUGACUAUUCAACGAUACUCCCUCCUAUGAUGAACCAGGAUAGAUCAGAGCAACUUGGUGGUUCACUAUUAGAGUCAGAGAUGCCAAAAGCAUCCGAACCAUUAAACCAGACAACGGGACCCGACUUGAUCGAUCUGCUAGAACUCGCUGUCAUAGAUCCAAAUAUCGAAUUCUCUUGGUCCAACAUACAAUCUCUGAAUUUUCCUUACAGUGAUGAGUCUUAA